AACCCGACGCUGCAGUCAGUAGUAUUUCGACGGCAGUAAAGGUUACGUGUUGUUUCGACGAUUUAUAUCUUUUCUCUUUCUUUUUCUUUCUCUAUCUUUGUUGCUUGCUUAUGAUUGUGUUCGUAAUAUUUAUAGAAGCUUUAUCGUUGCAAUGUGUGUAUACGUUACAUAUUCGUCUGUGAAACAGCGUGUAGCUACUUUUUAUAGUUAGUUUAUCUGCUAUGAUAUCUAUCAAACGAAAAGCGUGAUACAGUGCACGUGACAAAUAUUAAUUGUUUCUUUUUCAUCAUUACGAAACCAUACGCGAAACCGUACAACAAAAUCGUGAAUCCUUUUACAUUAAAACGAAAGUCUACGAUCGAUAAAUUUGAUGACUCAACUGCAAGCCAUUAAAUCAAUUUAUCACGAUAAAAAAUUGUUACAUUGUAAGAUUAGCUGAUGUGAAUUGAACACACCUUGAAACACAGAAAAUUGAAAGAGAAAAACACUGAGAAAAAGAAAACAUAUAUAAUAUGCAGCGGAUGUGGUUUAUAGAGAACAAAGAGGACGGGGAAUACAAGCAGCAAGAGGAGCCACGUGAGACUAACUUCAUCGAGGUGGCAACUGAACAUACAUCAGACAUGAGGGGAUCUAAAAGAGAUUGGAUUUUUAGAGUCCAAGUACAUAAAAUAGAAAAAAAUGAAGUUUUGUAUGUAGUGGGUAAUUUGCCUGAACUGGGUGCUUGGAAUCACAAUCAGGCAAUUCAGUUGUCACAGGAACAUGGCAGUCGGGAUUCUCCUAUACUUUUUGACAGUAAUAGUAGUGGAGAAUUUUAUAGUGACGAUGGACAUGACAAUGCUGGAGAUAAUUCAUUUGGUGAUAUAGAUGAUGAAGGUGGAAGAAUAUUUUCACAAAAAGUUGCACUUCCCAUUGAUGCUGAUGUAGAAUUCCGAUAUUUUGUUGCUGUCAUCUGUCAUUCUAAUGGUACUAAAAAUUCGGCCAAGACUCUUAUUAUUCGUAGAUGGGAGACUCAUAUGACACCACGCUUUAUUAAGAAAAAUACACCUAGCAAUUUUAGUAGUGACACAUUGCCUGAUCCAGACAAAUUUGGUUAUUAUAAUGGCUACUGUAAAAUUGAACGAGGCUGGUUGACCGAUGAAACUGUGAUACAAUUUAAGCUUUUUAAUAAUCCAAUUAAGUUAUGGAAAAAUCGACUACAAAAUAGAAAAGUUCACAUUAAAAUGACACCUGUAAAUUUAAUUAGACACAAUUCUUUAGAAUUGCAACAAUUUGGUGGUGAUUGUGUAGAUGAUAGUCUUUCUAUGGAUACGCAAGAUAUUAUUGAUCAACCUGCCUUUAGUAUUACAGAAGUUGCGGUAAUGAAUGAUGAAGAAGCUCGCUUCAAGAUACAAGAACAAUUUGGUCGAGCUUACAAUGAAGACGAAUUUAUUAUCUUCAAUGUUGCAGUUCGAUAUCCUGAAACUAUUGCUUAUUUGGUGGACUACUACGUAUACAGCUCAAGAUGUUUUCCAGGAGAACCACCAAGUCAUAUCGGUUUCAGCUAUAUUUUACCUAGUACAUUACAAUCAAGCGUUGGGCUUCUAACAGUACCAAUUACAAGCACAAAGCAUAGACCAAUUGGACAACUUACAUUAGAAUAUGUUGUGAUAAAAUCAAUUCCAGAUUAUCCAUGGGAUAUGAGUAUUUCAUAUGCUAAACAUUGGGAACAACGGUGGUCUGGCCUAGAUGUAGGACAUAGAGGAUUAGGUACUUCUUUUCAAACAAAAAACUGUGCUAAUGUGCGUGAAAAUACAAUAGCUUCUUUAAAGACUGCAUCAUAUCAUGGAGCUGAUAUGGUUGAAUUUGAUGUUCAAUUAUCUAAAGAUCACAUACCGGUUAUUUACCACGAUUUUUAUGUGUCUAUUUCAUUAAAACGCAAGAAACAAAUAGAAGCUAUGGAUAUGCUAGAAAUACCUGUUAAAGAUCUUACAUUAGAACAACUACAUUUAUUGAAGGAUUUUUAUUACCCGGGGGACUCGUUGGGUAAGGUGCUGUAUUUCGUUGAUAAAGCUGAGCAGGGGGUUAACCAACUGGUGUAUCAUGUGGCUGAAGGUCGAGAAAAAAAUCCAAGAUUUUUUGAUGAAGAUUUAGAAGAUCAUCAACCUUUUCCUACCCUUCAAACUGUACUUCAAGAAUUAGAACAACAUGUUGGCUGUAAUAUCGAAAUUAAAUGGACUAUGCAAUUAAAGGAUGGUACAUUCGAGCUUAAUCAUCCUUUCGAUCUUAAUAUGUAUUUGGACAUUAUAUUGAAAGUCGUUCUAGAAUAUGGAGGAGAUAGGAAAAUUGUUUUUUCAUCAUUCAAUCCAGAUAUUUGUGCCAUGAUUCGUCUUAAGCAAAAUAAGUACCCAGUAGUAUUUUUAACACAAGGUGUAACUUCAAAGUAUCCUACUUAUCAUGAUCCGAGAUGUCAAACGAUACCAAUGGCUGUUAGACAUGCAUUAGCAGCUGAUAUUUUAGGAAUUAAUGUUCAUACUGAAGAUAUUCUUAGAGAUCCCUCACAAGUCAAAUUUGUAAAGGAUGCUGGAUUAAUUAUUUUUUGUUGGGGAGAUGAUAAUAAUGAUAAAGAUACAAUUCAACAUUUAAAGAAACUUGGCUUGCAUGCAGUUAUUUAUGACAAAAUUGAUGAAUAUAAUGCAAAAGAAGUCAAGGAAAGUAUAUUUCUAGUUGAUGCAAGAGAAAAUCAAAAGGCACUAAUUGCUUUAGCACAAUGUAAUCAGAGUUGUGCACCUCAACCUCAAAUUACUAAUUCUCUAAAUUCAGAAAAGGAUUAUUAUAUGGACAUUGAUAAAUCACGAAAUAUGAUCACAACUACAUCAACUACAACUUCAUUUGCAUCUUUUGGUAAGAAUAGUAUUGGUGACGAUAAUAAUAUAUAUCCAAUAUCAAGCAUUAAAUUAUCAAGUACAUGUGAUCAUCAGGAGAGCAAAGAGAUCAGUGAAAUGACGAAAGAUUUUAGCGUUUGUGCAAAGUCCUUCGGCCACUCGGUAAAAGCAAAAAGUAUCUCAGACUUAGUUUGCGGUCAAACGACAACAUUAUCAGAGAUCUAUGGAGAGGAUGAUACUGCGAAAGACUGUCUUUGAUGUUUCUCUUUUAAGAAGCCGUUUAUGUCAUGGUUCUGAUUCAGAAAACACUGCUUAGAAAAGACCACAAGAGGAAAGAAAAAGUCGAAGAAAAUGUUUUGUAACUUGUAAUUUACUAUAAUAUUUACACCAAAGGGGUUAAACAAUUUUAGUUUCCCUAACAGUCCUAGGAUCCAUAACAUUGGAUCAUCUUAACGGCCAUUAUGGAAUAUAUUUAUAUAUUAAUGCAAAAGAAAGACGACUGAUUGUAUUUUUCAUAUCGUUUUAUCAUUCCUACAAUCAGUCAAUUUCAUAUUAUGUCUUACUUAAAAUUUUAUAUAAUGGCCUUUUUUUUUAAUACUGAUAAAAUCCAAUGGCUGUAGAAAAAGAUGUUUAUUUCUGUUACUCUGCCUGUGGCAGAUGAAUACAGAAAUUGCAAGUUUUUAGUACAAAUAUUCUCAAUAUUUUCAUUUAGUUCAUAAAAAGAAGUCACCCCUCUCAUUUUUUCUUUUAAUUGUAUACUAAUUUCAAAAAAUGAAAAUUGACACAAAUAUCUAUAUAAUAUAACAAAUAUAUAACAUCAUAAAUAUAUAUAUUUUCUCUUUUUUAGUAAAUUAUCAAAAACAAAAAAAAAUUAAAAAAAAAAUGCGAUUUGUUUUUCGACAGUUUGAAAUAUUGAUAAAAGCUGUGAAGUAAUUAUUAUGUCAUAUUCACUUAUUUAUGUUUCAAAUUAUUUUUAAUACAGCAUUAGAAAUUGAAUGAAUCAUGAAAAAAGAAUUGUGUGUAAAAUUAAUAUAAUUAUAAAAAAAGUCGCUUUUUCCAUAUUUAUAAUAAUAUGGUGAUUGUUACAAUUUAUUCAUCUAUGUAUGAUAGUUACCUUAAAAAAUUAAAAAUCGAUUUUCUUUGAUAUAAAUAAGUACACAAUUGUGAAAUUAACAAAUUUUUAAAAUCAUUUAUUUGCUUUAUAGAUUUUUUCUGUUCAAAUUCUAAUACCUGAUUAACUUUUUAAUAAACUGCAUCAGUGACAAAAUAAAUAUGUAAUACGCGAAUAUCUUUUCAAAGUUAUUGAACAGAGAAGAUAAUUUAUACCGUUAUACCGCAUUGGUAGUAUGCUAUACAACUAAAGAGAGCGAUUGUAUCAAUCGUUAUGAUUCUGGCAAUAUACAGAAUAUCUGUUGAUGGUUUAGAGAAGUAUACCACAGAUAUGUUAUGGGAUCAUAUAUGUAAAUGCACACAUAUAGUGCAUUAAGGGGGGUGGUUACUGAUCUUUUCUAUUGUCAUAGAGGCUAUGCAUUAUAAUAAACCAGUUGAUAGAUAUAAAUCGGUUCGAUAAGUUUAUAAUUAAAAUAUAUUGAUAGAACUUUGCAAAUUCUGACACGCAUAAGUUAAUACAUUAUAGUCUUCAAGUGUAUAAUAUGAUAACAUCAUAUAUAUUUCAGAUUUCUAA